CCCACAGCAGAUGGUUCAUGGUCACUUUUAUUUAAUGCAUUAUCAUGCAUUAGUUGGUGCUUCUACAGAAGACACACCGCAACAAGAUGCUACUUCUAGUUCUAGCCACAUUACUGGCUGCUUUGGCUCUACACCCAGCUAAUGCAUACCAAGAGUAUGCAACAGUCAUUGCAGUGUACAAUUCUACUGGUGAGUCUGCUAUUGUGAAUUGUAGCAAUGGCACAAACUACCACUACAAAAUCAACGAUCUACCACUUGGUAAUAUCACUAGCGGGACAUUAUUGAGACUGUGCUCCAAGUCUUUUAUACUGACGAAAAAUCUGUCGCUCUCUAAUCUUGAAAACAUUGCUUUAGUUGGAUACAACUCUCCAACAGUGAAAUGUGAUAAGGAAACAAAUCUAGGUAUUGUCCUAGGAGCCAUUCGCAAUCUUGAGCUACAUAACUUCACAGUUGAUGGUUGCGGGGUGAUGACGACUAUUGAUUCGAAAGCCGACCAUAACAUAAAGUCGGGUGUUAUCAUUCAGUAUUCCACUAAUAUCACUGUGACUGGUGUCAACAUUACAAAAAGUCCUGGGAGUGGUUUGGCCCUGUUUCGCAACAAUGGAUCGGUCCGAGUUGAAAAUUCGGUAUUUGAAAAAAAUGGGAUAGAUAGGCUAACAGGUGGGAAUGGAAUUUACAUGGAAACUGGGUCUUCGUUCCCUUCAACUUCUACAUUAGCAGAAUAUACGUUUGCCAAAUGUGAUUUUCUUUUUAACACUGCCGCAACAGGCAAAGACAAUAUCAUCGCAGGGUUUAGUCGAUUCGACAAAGGAGGCGGCCUGUGUGUGUAUAUCCGUGCCAGUGAAAAGCAUAAAGUCACCAUUUUAAACAGUCGUUUUAUAGGAAAUCGAGCUGAACAUUACGGAGGUGGACUAUUCGUUAGCUAUCUUGGUAAAGCAAGAGACAACAUUGUUCGAGUUUUAAAUUGUAACUUUUCGCUGAACACUGCAACAUUUGGAGGAGGAACAUAUGGAGGAUACCUCCAUACACGCUUACAAGGAUUAGAAACACCACUAAAUUGCUCUCAUAUUUACGAAUAUCUAAAUUUCACAGAAAACCAAGCAACAUUUGGAGGAGGGUCUAGUGUUUUUGCUUCAAAGACUUUAAAUAGAAAUUCCAAUGCACAUGUCAACUUUGUGAACUGUACUUGGAUGAGGAACAUAGGUCAAUACGGUGCAGCAGUUACUAUUCUCCCUAACGCCUGGAACUUGUACACAGAAGGUUAUUUACCGACUCCAAGGUUCGUAGGCUGUACUAUAUCCAACAAUCAUGUGAAAUUUAAAACGAUGUUCAAGAAUGAAUAUUAUGCUGAGUAUUCAAAGGGCUCGGGAGCAUUUUAUUGUUAUGGUCAUAAUGUUUCAUUUGAAAAACAGACACUUAUCGAAAACAACCAAGGCUCAGCAAUGUACCUGGGCUCAUGCUUAGCCAUUUUUUACGAGAAUUCUAUCACAUAUUUUGUAAAUAACACAGGCUACCAAGGAGGAGCUAUAUAUGAACUAUCUUCUGUAGUGUACGUUCAAGAUAAUUCUGCUCUCUAUUUCUCAGCGAACAAAGCUGAAGACAAAGGUGGAGCCAUUUAUGAACAUUCAUUUUUCAUGCAUAUUUACGAUUACUCCAAGACAUGCUUCAUUGACUACAUCGAUAAUUUCACAGAAGUGACUGAACGUAACAUCUCGGUUACAUUUAUUGAUAACGUUGCCGGUAAGUAUGGCCACUCGAUAUACACAUCUUCUUUGCGACCUUGCUACAAUCGUUUUUCUUUUUCUGCCGCAAACCUAUCUGUUGACAUAUUCGACCAAGUCGGUAAUUUCACCUACUUUCCUGAGAACAGAUCUAUGGAAAUCGCAACUGCCAUCAAUCACUCAAAUAUUACUGCUGAACAUUGGUCAGAGAAUCUUCUAUUCAUCCCUGGAAAGAGAAUGAGGUUACCUUUUGUUGAUGUAGACGAUUUGAACCAGGCAGUUCGAACAAGCUACUUGGUCACAAUUCAAAAUGGCUCUAGAUCUAAUGUGACUGUUAGUCCAGAUUAUACUGAUAUUUCGAAUAACAUGCUACUUUUGUAUGGAAAAGAUAGUACCACUGUUACAUUAUCCGACACAUCUUCCCGACAAAUAGCUCUCACUUUUGAAAUAACGAUGCAGGCCUGUCCUCCAGGUUUCAUACAUGAUGAUGUCUCUCAAGGCUGUAUAUGCUCUGCUGGUUUAAAUGAGAGUUAUGCUGGAAUUGAACAUUGCAAAGUAAGUCUUAUGAGAGCUUAUAGUAAGUACGGGUACUGGAUUGGCUAUAUGGAGAACAAAACUGAAAAUGACAGCUCGUUAAUUUCUGCAUACUAUAAUCCUACUGAAAAUUUCUCUAAUCCCACUGGGUACGGCCGUCUACUUCCCGAAACAGCUAACAGAACAGAGCUGAAUGAUAUUAUGUGUAAUGAGGCACGGACAGGAUUUCUCUGCAGUCAGUGUAUGGAGAAUAUGACAGUUCACUUUCAUAGCCGGGAAUUUGCAUGUAAGUCCAACAAGUAUUGUACCUUUGGCUGGUUGUUUUACAUUCUUAGUGAAAUAGUUCCUGUCACCAUAAUCUUCCUUGUGAUCAUCUAUUUUAACAUUUCUUUCACUUCUGGCCUCGUAAAUGGCUUUAUAUUUUAUUGUCAAAUGGUCGAAGUGAUUCAAAUAGUUUCUAAUGGCUUCAUCUCUUUGUCAGAAACUGCUCAAAUUGUAAAUAAAGUCCAUACUUUCAUAUACUUGAGCACCACCUUAAAUUUGUUCUUUCUUGAAGAUCUUUCAUUUUGCCUGUGGGAAAAUGCAAGUGCAAUGUCAAUUGCGGCUUUCAGUAAUGUUACUCUUUUCUAUGCACUCGUUCUUGUGGUUCUUGUUACCUUUGUGUUCAGAAACUGCUCCUUUAGGUGUACAUGUAGACGUAGUUCUUCAGGGUACUUUCCACUGGCACUGAACCCGAAUUUUCAAGGCAGCAUCCUUCACGGUUUAGCUGCAUUCUUGAUUCUUUGCUAUGCUCAUUGUGGCCAUUCCUCGUUGCCUUUGCUACUGUCUGUGAGUGUAUACAGCAAAGGACCAACUGUUUACCAGACAAUGGUGAAUGUUCAACCAGAUAUUGAGUGGUUUAGUCCUCAGCAUUUACCUUAUGCAAUGCUGUCUCUUCUACUUGUAUUUUUCAUGCUUUUCUUACCUCCAAUUCUUCUGGUUGUGUACCCACUACAUUACAAAGUCCUGGCUUUCUUAAGGAUUGCCGAAUUUCGAUGCGUCCAAAUUGUGUUUAGUCCUCUGGAUAAAUUAAAGCCCUUUUUCGAUUCGUUUCAAAGCUGCUUCAAAGACAAAUUUCGUUUUUUCUCUGGCCUCUAUUUCAUUUACAGAUUUAGUAUGAUUGUAAUUGUAUUCAACCACAGUGCUCAAGUAAGUUUUUUCUUUAUCGAAGUUCAGUUGGUGAUUAUGCUUACUCUUCACGCUUUAUGCCAGCCAUACAAAGAACAGUUGCACAAUGUGAUCGACACUCUCUUAUUCUGUAAUCUUGCUGUCAUCAAUGCUAUCACAUAUUACAACGUCUCUGCUUCUAUGGCAAACGUGAGAGAUCUAAACCUCUUGGCAACCACGUGGUUACAAACGAUACUGAUCAUUUUGCCUCUACCAAUCAUGUUGGUGUUUCUAUUUGCACACACACCUUGUGUACGUGCUUGUCGCAGAACGUCAAUAAGUGUUCCUAUUGAGGAAGAUGACUUGCCAGACAGAAUGCAGGUCAAUUACUACCAAGCAAGGGACAAUUAAAACAAAUUAUAGCUAGUCUACUAGAUCCAUGUAACUAUAACUAUGAAGCUCUUCUAAACAUUUUGAAGUGUAGUCUGUAUCUGCUUAUGUUGUCGUGUGUGUGCACUUGUGUCCCAUUAUCCCCCCAAAUUUCAUUUGUGUUAUCGCCGAUC